AUGUUCCUAGAACAGAUAUGUCCCGGACAAGUCAAUCCUCAAUUCCAUUGCAUCCAUACUUUUACAUGGAGAGAUGAACGUUAUAUAGUAUAUGCCACAGGCUCAAAGGUGGUAAUUUAUGCCGAUCCAGAUGUUCUCGUUCAAAUCAUCCCUGUGCCGUUCGAACAAACUGAGGAAGAAAGUCAUUUAGAAACAAUUACAGCCGUUUCUGGCAACAGCAGGACAGGAAAGCUCGCAGUUGCUUACCAAAAACACAUUUGUUUCUUUCGAUCUCAAGAACAAAAAGAUGACAAGAAGCAAUCAAUUUGGGAGAUCGAAACAGUAUUGAGUACCAAGAGCCAAGUUACAUGUCUUGAUUGGAGUGUAAAUGAUCUCCUCUUGACGGCAGGUAGUGAAUUGGCUAUUUGGAAAAAUACCUCAUCAGAUACAGAUCCAUGGAAAAUCCAGUGGACUACAAGGCCUGCUGUAGAUGUCAUUAUGGCCAAAUUUGAGCCAAAAUCAACUAUGUUCGCAACAUUGGGAGAGUUUGAUCGGCUGGUUACUGUGUGGCACGAGACAGCAGAAGGAGACUACUCAUUUAUACAUCUUCCUCAUCCAAGGUCUGUUGGACAUUUUGUGUGGAGGACACUACUAGAAGGAUCUAAAACAAAACGCCCCGAUUGCGCCUUAUUUACUAUGGCGCGCGAUGGGAUUGGACGUUUCUGGAGUCCAGUUGAUCUUGAGACACCUCAUGCUCUGUAUAUGUGUGCAGUUAUUGAUCCAAGCCAGUCUUUGGUCACUGCGGAGUCUGGUUCAAUGGCUUCACAGGAUGGAAGUGUUGCCUACCUGGAUCACAUCGAAGAUGUGUCGCCUAUACACUACAUCGAUUGCGGAGAACUGCAGAGUGCAAUUAGUACACAGCCACAAUAUCAAUCUCUAUCUCAAUCUAAACAGGAGAAACUAGAUCAACGAAUAAAAAAGGUGCGAGAUCUCAUCAAAGAAACUCCCGAUCUACUAUUUAGAAUCCAGUCUGAUGGAUCCCUGACAUUUUGGGGAGUCAAGCAUCUAAACUCGUUCCCAAGAAGAGUACCGCGUGUGUUUGUUGUCCUGAGAAUCGCACAAGCCGUAGAUCCGGCCGACGUAGCUUAUUUCCUAAACCCAGUUAAGGUGCUCCACGAUUAUUCUCACAUCCAAUCUUUCUCGACUAUUAAACCUAUCGAAUUGAGUCUGGUAGCUAGAAAUCCACAUGGACAGAUACGAUGUUAUGGUCUCAACUUGGUUGAUUUCCUGGAACAAAACCAAUUCAUACCACGUCUACACUUGAAAUAUACAUGGCUUGGUCACAGAAACUCUAUAAAAAGCCUUCCUCAAUCUAGAUCUAGUAGAUUCUGUACCAUUGGAGAAGACGGGCAAAUUAAUGUGUGGAAGUAUGCCCUUCGUGAGGAUGGUGGAAAAUUGACAAACAGGCUGCAAUUGAGUGGAUCUCUUAGCCUUGAAUCUGAUAUUGUACUAUCUAUACCAGUGCAUAGAGAUCGACAUGUUGCUGUUUAUAAUGGAAAGCAGCUCCUUAUUUAUCGCUUAGACAAUCAGGCUUGUCAUUUAAACCACUAUCAGGUGUGUGAGCAGUAUGAUCCCACCGUUACUUUUUCGUCUCUACACACUGAGAUACUCAGAGGAGAUAGCCAGUCCAAAAUACAUAUCUUGUUUGGUGUUUCUCGAUCAGCAAAACAAAUUUUCUCUUGGCAGCUACAAUUUACUUCCCCGGUCCCAGUACAGGAUCAACAGGAAUCCGAGGAAAAUGAGAGUCUGGAGGAUAUUAUUUUCUUGGGAAGUCAAGAAUUCGACUGGGAAGAAGAACCUUCUGUGGUGGUUACUUCUCACGGCGGAUCUAAUCAUGCUGCGUCAAAGCUUUUACAGCAGAUUGGCAUGGGAGCAGAUAGUAUUCCGAUAAUUACAGUUGCCCUUGGUACAAAAUUACUGUUCUAUGGAAUUCAUUAUGAAUCAGACUGGGAAGGAAACAGUAAACCUCUCGAAUGGAAUCUACUCUACACACUCGAAACAGGACUUGAAUCCAUUCAACAAAUGCGAUGUGUAGUCAACCAGGUUGUGCUUGUUUCUUCUUCUGAAACCUAUGGACCAUCCAGAAAACUCACCUUUUGGUCAGAAAUUCGUACAGGUGUUCGUCCAGUUCUUCACAAAACCUUUGAAUUCUCGGAGCCUAUUAUUGCUAUGGCUUGGAAUGUUUCGUGUGAUGCUCAAUUUAUCUUGGCAGUAGCCUUCCCUACCAAAGUAGCUAUCUAUGGUCAGAAAAGAGCGACGAGCGUUACAAAUGAUGAUGAUAUUUGGAUUUGCUAUGAUGAAUUCCCGGUAGACAUGCCUGAAUCUAUUGUUGGCAUUACUUGGGUAGAAAACGGAGUACUUGCCGUUGCUGCCGGAAAUCAACUUCGGUGUUAUUUGAAAUGGCUAACCUCUGAAGAUGAGUUGAAUCAACCCUUGGAUUUGGAUCCUGAUUUACACCCAAUGUCGAAUAUAUACGAUUUGUCAUAUGACAGAAAUGGUCCUCUUACCAUAUACCAUCCGAAUUACUUGAUUCACUAUAUGAUGUGGGGAAAAAUGGAUUUGAUCAAUAGUGUAUUGAGAUCUCUAUACAAAUUUUUGAGACAUUAUGUAGAUGAAGAUACAAUAGAUCAAAUACCACCUCUUUUGCUCUCAAAAAUAUUACAGCUACAGAAUAGCUCUAAAAAGGAAAGUAAAAAGCAGCAGUAUAAAUCUCUCUUUGAUGACGAUGACGAUAAUGAUACCGACUAUUCAGAGUAUUAUGAUGAUGAUGAUGAUUCACGUUCACUCAGUCAUGAAGAAGCCAAUUAUUUGAUGGAACAUCUCAAAUCCAAAAAAAUGCCAGCACUAUCUGAAAACGAACGAAUGCACCUUGUUGCAAUGAUUGAUACUUUUGAUGAGGUUUCUACACAAGGAGAAGCAUUAGAUGAAAAUGGUGCUCGGUUCACAGCCUUACUAGAAAAUCAUUUCCACCUAAAUAACAUCAUUUCUCAAGACCAACAGCAAGCACUAGCAGCGAGAGACUUUGUGUGGGCCCUUCACAGUCAAUCUCAGGAUCUUCUUCUCGAACGGUGUAUUCGAUUAUGUAACAACAAAUUGAUGUGGGAAGAGGCAAAAUCGCUUGGUAUCUUUUUAUGGCUAAAAAAAAUUGACACUGUGAAAGAACAAAUGGGUGUCAUUGCGCGAAAUACGUAUUUGAGCAAGGAAGACUUCAAGGACCCCGAAAGCUGUACGCUAUUCUAUCUAGCCCUUCGCAAAAAAAACCUUCUUCUUGGUCUAUGGCGCUCAGCAGGCCAUCACAAAGAACAGGUUGUUAUGACCAAGUUUUUAUCCAAUGACUUUACACUUCCUCGAUGGAAAACUGCUGCAUCUAAGAAUGCCUACGUUUUGUUGGGAAGACAGCGCUUUGAGUAUGCCGCUGCGUUUUUCUUGCUGGGUGACAAGAUAAAGGAUGCCGUCGGUAUUAUUCUUAAGCAUAUGAAAGACUUUCAGCUUGCAAUUGCCAUUUGUCGUGUCUAUGAAGGUGAUCACAGCCCACUCUUGAAAGAUAUACUGGUAAAGAAUGUGCUGCCGAUGGCCGUUGAAUCAAACGAUCGUUGGCUUGCCAGUAUGUGCUAUACUCUACUAGAAAGACCUCAGGAUGCCAUUCACGCUAUUGUUACUCCUGUAUCUAUGCUCGCUGCGCCAGAAAAAAUAAAAGACACAGACGCAAAUGCAGAUGCAGAUGCAGAAGAGACAGCACCUGUUGGAGAUCCAACUCUAUUUAUUCUUUAUCAACAACUCAAACAACAAUUACAGGCUCAGAACCGUCAAGACCUAAACGUACCUUACAGCCUUGAAUAUGAAUUUUCUUUACAAGUGGCACGUGCUUAUGAACGUCUUGGUUGUCCAUUACUUUCGCUCUAUAUUCUAACACAAUACAAGAUGAAACCGCCUGCAGUAGAAUCUGAACAAAAUAUCCCUCAAACAUCCGACAAGGCGGCUGAUUUGUUUGGAGAUGAUAAUACCCCUUCUACAAGACCUGGACUCGCUGCUAAUCUAUUUGAUGAUGAUGAUGCUAUUCCUUCGCGACCAUCGUAUUCAGCAAAUCUAUUCGAUGAUGAUACUCCUCCCCGUCCUUCGUAUUCUGCUAAUCUAUUUGAUGAUGAUGAUGUACCUCCCUCUCGCCCUUCGUAUGCUACGGAUUUAUUUGCAGACGAAGAGCCAUAUAAUAGCCCUACAGAUGAUUUGUUUGCAGAUGAUCCAAGUCUCUUCGAAAACAACAACCCAUCUAAUGGAUCAGACCCCCUUGAAUCCUCAAGCCAGAACUCCAAAAAUACCUCUGAUUCACCUGAGCGUAAAAAUGAAACUGUGAGCAUCAAAGAUGGUCUCUCUUCUUACAAAGCCUUAUUGGUCAUUCGUAUGCUUCAGACCGUGUUUCGAGCUGCCUCGGCCUUGUAUGACAGCUCAGUCAGGGCUGGAAAAGACCUCCAGUUUCAAACAACCUUUUUACAAAAUAGACAAGAUUUACUUGCAUUAGGCGAAACCCUGAAUGUACCACAAAAGGAUUUUUCGAGAUUACUGAUCCAAAAAAGUAUUGAAGCCGACGCGUUUGUAUUCUACCUCGCCAUCCUUGAAAAGGGUGUUCCUGAAGGCUUUAAUGUGGCCGUGUUUCUAGAGUCUUUUGAAGCAGGUUGUUUCCAAGUAUUCGAAGCUGCCAUGAUGCCAUGCCAACUAGGUUACUCUGGACUUGUAUUUAUCGAACGAUGGGCAGACCAUUUAAUCUCCAACUUUGGAAGUUGGAGUUCCCUGAAGGAGAAAUAUCCUACACGAUCGUCUAUCCUUAAACUCGGGACGCAGAAACUCGUGUUAACGAACCAUCUGUGCCUUAUUCUUGUCACAUUGAAGCAAAGACAUUUUGAGAAGACGUGGGGAUUGUUGUAUUAUCUAAAGUCAUUAAUGGAGUGUAUGGCCGCUUCCAAGCGAGAUACACUUCAGAAAGAUGUAAAGAUCAUGUACACAGAUCUAUUGGCCAAUACAGCAAAAAUGGUUGAAAUGACACCAGAAGAUUUUGAAAGCUUCUCAGACGAUAGUCUAUUUGGAUUUGAUCUCAACGAAGAAGUGUACCGCCCACUAGAAGAUGUCAAUGACAAUUCAAUUGGUGCCAAUCUUCUAGAGAUUGCAUCUCUCAAUUUCACGCUAAAUCUGCUAGAGUCAAGCAUGCAAAAUACGGAAAGAAGUGUAGAGAUGGAAGGUGACUUUGUGGCUUUCAUUUGGACAACGCUUCUGGAUCCUAUUGCUUAUCGUGCACAAUGUUUGCAAAAGGACGUAUUGCUUCAAAUGGAAGAAACGCCAACUAAACGCAAUAUACUAAAGCAGUUCAAAACAUUGAGGCAAAAAAAAUACUGGCGUUCUAUCAAAACUCUCAGCAGUACAGAACGUCUGUUGCCUUUUGUGAAUUUCUUGCCCUCAGGCAUGAAUGUGAUGUCUAAUGACUCACAACCGCACUCGCAUACUAUGUAUUAUUCUCCAACCACUACUCAUGCCUUCUGUAUCAGCUCGGCCUAUCCAACUAUGAUGGCCAUCUGCAUGAAGACAGAAAUCCAGGAAGUUGACCUCAGCAAAGUGCAGGGUCAUGGACCAUUAUUAGCUCGAUCUGGCUCUGGCUCGUCUUCAGGGGUGCAUCAAGAAUUGGCGGCAGGCAGUUAUCCAGACACAGAAGAGGAAGAAGAUGACUUUGGGUUAUCUGAUGGUGAGUCAGAGGUAGUCCGAUCCUCACAAUCGUCUCGCCACACAAAACGAAAAGAACCAAGAGGGCUUCAACCCAAAACAGCAUACACCACCUCUCCUGCUCUUUCUCCAGCAGCUGGUCGAAUUCAGGCUGAAGAUAGACCGUUCCAGAACCGUAGUCUUGAAAAUCUGCACGAAGCACUGAAACGAUCACUCGGAAUGGAGAAUUUCCGUUCUCCGGGUGCUAUGAGUCCAAUGGGGUCUUCGUCUGAGAAUAGUGAGCAUAUGGUAAUAUCAAGUGAUAUGAUAUGUAGCCAGAAUAUUGAUUUUCACAACGAUGUUACCUUGAAACGAAGUGUCUCGACCACUUGUGCAGAAGCUCAUCCACAGUUUCCUUUUUAUAUAACUGGCUGCCAGAGCUCCAAUGGUAGCCCAAGUGCAAUUCUUUGGCCAUUUGGACAAGAAAGAGAAAUUGCAAACUACUACGGUAGUCAAGGGGCAGCUACACGAAUUCACUUUGAUCAGUUUGGUCAGAAGUUUGGUAUGGGUGAUACCUCAGGCUGGCUUUCUCUCUGGAAAUUCGAUUCUCACACUCAGUCCGAUACACCUUAUUAUACCAUGUCCUGUCACUCAAAAGCAACACGCGACUUUGCCUUCCUAGGCUCCAGUAGUCUUUUGGCUACUGUUGGUACAUCAGUGGCAAUGAGUCGCAGACCCAAAAGAAAAGACCAUGUUUGCCUUUGGGAUACUCUUUUACCACCUUCAAAGGCACAAGUAGCUUCCUUGCCUGGUCAUGACGGAGGUGCUUAUGCAGUAGCCUUUGAUUCUUCGAGUAACUACCUAUUUUCUGGUGGCUCUCGCGGCGAGAUUGUGGUUUCGGACAUACGACAGCGUACAUUGCUCCAUACUUUCUCGGCUCAUCAGUCAAGGAUACGAUCCAUUGCAAUUGAUACCGAGAAGAAUCUAUUGGUCACAGGAUCAACCGAUGGAGAACUAAAGAUUUGGGACAUUCGAUCUUACAAGCAAAAGUACUCGUUUGAUAAUCAACCCAGAAAUCGCUUCCUGGGCCCAUCAUUUAACCGGAUAUCUCUCAAGGCAUAUGGAGUCACACAAAUUCAAUUGACAAGCGAUGACAAUAUUUAUACUUCGGGGCCAGGCGGCAUUGUUAACUGUGAUCUUUCCGCAAUUCAAUAAUUUGUCCACGUUUUUAGUAUAACAAAUGUAUGAAAAUAAUAUACAUAUACAUAUAUAUAUAUAUAUUUAUUCAAAAAUAAUGAUUUCAAAUUGAAGUAAAUCAAGUAACCAGAAAAAAAUUUAAUAACAUCUUUUGCUGUUGUUGGUCUUUUU